AUGGUUCUGGUAAUCCUUGGUCCAUCGAAAUGGCCUGAAAAUGUCCAACUACUACCAUCGCUGUCAUCACGUAACAACAUUCCCGAGCCACAAGAUGCUACGCCCGGCAAGCCGUUCCGUCGGGGACACGUGCGAACAGCCUCUCGUCCUUUCGACGUGUUGUACGAUGAUGUUCAACCAGACAAUAAACCUCCGAAACUUGCCGGCGACUUGACCGCACAAUACUUAACAGUUACAUCUCCCAGCUAUAUUCAAAUAGAAAAUACUCUCAGAGCAGGUGAGACUCCUCUUCAAGCGACAAAUAAGGCAGCGCCACCACCUACAGUCACCAUUAUUGAAGAGAAGGGAGUCCACCGGUCUGGCUCUGUAAUCUCUCGCCUGGCAACAUUAAGACGUCGUCAUAGUAAGCGCCACUGGAUGGCUAGACGUCGUGAUGUUAUACCAAAGGAUCCCAAGACACCCGAACUGAAGAUAGACGGUAGAAAAAGCUCCAAGAUCGACUUUAUCUUCCCUAUUCGAAGGAAAACAUCGUUCAAAUACUCUCCUGCGAAUAGCCCCAAACCAUCUCGCUUCCGCAGUCAAAACGAGGUCGAUGCGUUCUUUUCGCUAGAUGGUGUUGCCGACGCUGUGAAGGGCCUCCUACCAUUCAACAUGAAAUCUUUCGAAUUUGAGGGCCUUAAAAGAAUGGAACCCAUUUUGAGAGUUAUACCACAUAUAAUCGAUACCUCCAAAGGCCUUACCCGAAACUUCUCCGAGCGCGGUAUGAAAGCGCCUUUGAAUGAACCGCCCCUAGUUGCUCACAAUUCCACUUUUAACACAGUCUCUUCUCCAAGUCAGGCUUUGUCUAUUGGAUCAAACGAACGACAGUUGUUCCUCUCAUCUCUUUAUACAAAGUAUCGUCAAACUGCUUUUGGAAGGAUGCAACAAAUACCUGAAAAAAUCGAAGUUAUGUUUCCUUUUGAAUCUGAUAGGCUUCUGCAGGAAGAAAAAGAGAGACUCAACACCGUUUUGCUUCUAGACGCUCUUCUCCGUCGUACUGUGGCUGCAAAGGUGGAGUUUCGUCUCAAACAACAUAAUGUCCAUGCAUUUAAUUCAGGUUCGAGCAGAAGUUCUUUCAGCUACAGCUCAAGUCUGAACGCUUCAGGGUAUCAUAAGCCAAAGGAUCCUUUUUCGGCUCCAAAUGAUUUCAAAACAUCCUCUCACAAGUCGUCUUCUAGUGCAAAUACCACACUGUUCAAUUCUUCAAGAGGAACAGCUCCUCGGGAUAGCAUUUCCGAUCGCCUUCCAUCACCACAAAUUUCCGGUUCUUCAACAGCUCUUCCUUUAUCUAGAAAAUCAUAUCUGGAUGAAGGAAAGGGCUUCGUAUCAUUGGCCGACAAGCAAGACAUCCAAAAAGAGGCUGGGGCCAAUUCACAGCGCACAGAUAGUGAGAAGCUGCCAUCGGCAAAUUCUACCUUGGAUGCACAUGGUAACACUCCACAUACUACCUUGACCUCGCCGAUGCGAGCAAAUGUCUCAACCUCGAACUCCUCAGAUACUGCUUCGAAACUAUUGAAAUCUGCUGAAAUAAGCGGAGUAUCUCAACAGAGCGCAGACAUGACAUUGAACACUGGAAUUGCUAAUCUAUCACUUCUUAGACCUCUCAAUUUUUCCUCAGAUACUCUUUCGUCCUCCUCAACUGUUCCCGGAACGAAUUGCUUCGAAAUUUAUCAUUUCGACGACCUUCCUGAGGGCCCGGCACCUGAAGUUCUUCUCAAAUCAUCUAAGCUUGACCCAAAAAAUGCUUCAAAAAGCCUGUUUACGGAGUGGAAAGCUCCAUUGGAUCCCAGAGAACUUCAACCUCCUGAUAUUUCAUCAAAGCUGCCAUACAUGUCUGGUACCGCAACUCCAGAAGUGGGUGCAACUUAUUUCUACCCACAAUUCGUCAAAGUUUCUGCACCCGAUGCAAUUUCAAAAAGUCUUCUUCCCUUGGAGGAUGUCGUAUUGAGACGUCAACAAAGUAUGCAUACCUACAGGACCCCGGCAGCCAACAGAAACAAAAGACUUCCUGAUACCCCUUCAUCAUCAGCGUCCAGUGAAUUUGAAAGAAGAACCAUCCCAUAG